UUGUCGCCGAAUGUAGUGGAUUGGAUUGGAUAGUAGAGGAAGAGAAAUCAUAAAUAGAAGACACAAAUACUGCGCCGCUAUAUAUAUAUUUUUUUCAGUGGAUAAGAUUCAGUAUAUCAGUGUGGAUUCCCUAUAAAUAUAAUAAGUACUUAGUAGAGGCCAAUUGCCAAAUCGAUUGCCGGGUUGACAUAUACCAUGCACCAAUGCUUUCACAAGUAAUUCCAAACCAGUUCUUAUCCGCUUCCACCAAAAACUGUCAAUCUCCACCAAGUCUCCACCCACCAAAACUGGCAAUCAUCCUGCUCCUUCAUGUUAGUAGUUAUAUCCAGUCACUCACAUGUGUUGCAGUUGGACUAACAGUGGUAGACAGACGCAGACGAAAGUGUACUUCUUCUUGCUGCUGCUGUUCUAAAGUCUAAACUAGCACAAACAAACUUAAGAGCGUACAGCCUUGCUCAAAAGUAGGUAGGAAUCGAGCUUGAGACUUUUUGAGAAUCAAAAAUUUUGGGAGAAUGAGAUCAGGAGGUGAAGUGGAAGAGCAAGACGAGCAAAGCAGAGUUCUGUACGAGCUGUGCGCCAUGAUCUUCCACGUCCUCCAAACCCCACCGCUUCCCAUCUCCUCCUUCCCGGGAAUCGUGCGCCCCGCCGUCUCCUCCCGCACUUUCCUGGCUUCCCCGGCAGCCUUCGCCUCCCUUUUUCUCGGGAUAUCUGCGGCUCUGAUGCUGUUUGGGUGCGUGACUUUCGUCUUCGGCUUAUGCUUGAUGCCUGUGGUCAUCGCACUGGUUAUGCUCUUCCACUUUGUGGGCAUGCUUUACAACUUAUCUGAACUGGGCCGGACCAUCCUGUGGCCGGACUGCUCAACCACACCUCCUGUCCCAGGUGAUUUGUUGGGUUGGAACUUGGAAGACGUGCUGCUCCGAGGUUGCUUUUUAGACAGUGAAUUAUGAAUCGUGGGUAUUAGAGGAAAUCUCUCGGUGGUGGUGGUGGUAACUGGUAAUAAGACGCCAAUUCCAGCUCUGCCUUCUCUUUGCGCGGCCCUUUUCAGUUUCAGUACGCUAAUUUGAAUGACUGACGCAAAUAUGCGCAGCAGCCAAAUGUUCAACUCUGGAAUGGUUCAUUCUCCAAGAUUACAUUUAGGGAAGUGUGUUAAAACUGGUUCAAGAUUCUCGAUAAUUCAUACGUCGUCGUGUUUUUGUUCCUUUAAGUUGUCGAAUUUGCUUGUACUAAUUAGUAGUACUAGUAUUCGUUUAUAUGGCUUUUGGUAAAGCGGAUAUCGUGUCUGCCUGCAGCAUGCAUGUAGAUUUUUGUGAUGCUGAGCUAUCUGGAGGACACAGGAGGAGGAACUUUAAAAAAAAAAAAAAAAAAAAAAAUUUGUGUUUAUUUGUUUGCUUGAACGAGUUGCGGAAGCUGGAAGAAUGGCACAUGCUCCACAUGCACACACUCUGAGAGUUGCGUUUCUACUUCUUUAGACGGCCGCCGGACGGCUGUCCCAACACUCUUUAGGCCCACCCUGUAAUGGACUGAACUUUCUAGGAGGUUGUCAUGCUCUUCUGUCCAUCUUUCCGAUUCAUUGAAAGCCCAAAUUCUAUUCUCCUGGAUUAGUCCUGUGCUAUUUAGCCAAAGGUUACACUAACAAUGGGUUCAGCCCGCCGUGCAAUACAUUCGGGUCAUCGAUCGACGAAUCCUCCGUAGGUCAGCCCAAUGGUUGAUAUUGGUGAUUUGUGUAGCAUCUACGGUUUACACGGACCAUGCUCCAGUAUUGUCCCAGAAGUAGUUAUCAGGUCCCUUUUAACCGUGGCAAGGAUAAAUUGAAAGAAAUUUAGUUUAGUUCUAUGGUUUGGAAAAAGAAAAAAAGCCAUCAUAUCAUUUGCCUCCAAGCCAAAGCAUGCAGCAUUGCGGCCGGACGUCUUUAAUUUAGUUCGGGUCUUCUAGUCUUUGGGGUUGGUCUCUUCAAAAAAAAGUCUUUGGGAUAGUGCUUAGUAGUAGCACUUGUAACUUUUAGUAGCUGACUAAAAUUCUUGGGGAUUGUUGCUUCUGCUUUCCUCCUGCCUGCACAAGAUUAAAUCAGCUGGUAAAGGUACUCUUUUAACAAAAAAGAAAAAAAAAAAAAUUCUAUGAACUCUACGCGAUGUAGAACGUUCUAGGAUCUUAAUGCAGUUAGCUUUUUUCCCAAAAAAAAAAAAGAAAAAAAAAGAAAAAGAUGAAUGAAAGAAACUUCACUUAGAAACGAAACCCCAAUCUUCUUUCUUCUGCCUUUUAAUGUUUACGUACAUGCACCAUCCACCAGCUCUUUUUGCCCAAAUAUUAUUAUUAUUAUCAUCAUCAUGUAUAUAAAUGUGUGUCAUUUGAUUUGAGACUCCCACCUUCAUGAAUCAUCCACAAAAAAUAAAAAGACCCCUCGUAUUUUUUUCAAUUAUUGGAAGCCAAAAAGUUACCUAAGCCCCUUCUCCAGCAUAUAAAGCAAAUCCCACUAUCACAACAUUCCUUUUCUUUCUCUAUUAAACCUACUUUCUCUUUCCAUCCGUCCCAAGUUUAGUAUAGCAUCCCCCUCAUACUUCCACGCUAAGAAAUUUAGCACCAAAACUCUCAUUCUUUUGCCUCUACAUAUUCGCCAAUAAACCCUUCAUCAUCGGAGGGAAACACGCGGAUCCAAUUUAGACACCAAAAAGACAAAAAAAACGCCAGACGCCAUCCUUAAGCUGCUCGCUUCCCCAGCAAAAAAAAACAAGAAGAAGAAGAAGAAGAAGAAUCAGAGAGAGACUUGUAGAUAAAUGAGUACAGAUUGGGGACCAGUUGUGGUUGCGGUGGCGAUGUUCAUCCUCUUGUCGCCUGGGUUGCUCUUCCAGCUGCCUGCAAGAACGAGGAUUAUGGAGUUUGGGAACAUGUACACUAGUGGGAUUUCCAUUCUGGUUCAUGCUGUCCUGUAUUUCUGUAUAUACACCAUCUUGAUUGUGGCAAUUGGUGUUCACAUAAGAGCUGGUUGAUCACCAACAUUCCCACCUCCACGUACGGAAAUUAUUACUCGAUCGACACUUCUUCUUUAACUUUUUGUAGUAGACUAGUAUUUCUUUUUUCCCAUAGCAUGCAUGAUCAAUAAUUUCUCUUUCCAUCACUUUCUGCCGGUCACCACCCUUUCUCUUUAUGGAAGUGCUCGCUCCCGUAUGUGUGUAUGUAUCGAAUCCCAGGAGUUCAAAAUGCCGUGCGUUUGAUUUUAUACGCCCAGAUUAUACUUUUAUAGUAGCACUACUUAAUUAUCAAGAAGGUCUUGUAUCAAUAUUCAAAGGUGCUAGCAACUCUUCAUUUGUCACAAGUCUGAUAAAUCAAAUAAAAUGUGCCGGAUACUUGUAAGA